AUGGAAUAUGAGAGCAGAGCAGCGGUAGUAGCUUCUUUACGCGUCGGAAAGAAGCCUGCGGAAGUGAUGGCCUGGUUUGGGUUCAAGAGGACCAGGGUCAUGGACAUUUGGAGGAAGUGGAAGGCGUGUGAGAACAAGGACGAGUUUACUGCCAAACGAAAGGCCCACAAUGUUCGUUCUUCAGCCGUUAGGACUGACGAGUUCGUCGCCGCCGUCAAGGAGACAGUCGACAAUGAUGGAAGCCACAGCUACGCCAAGAUCGUCGCUGACAUGGACUGUCACAAGUCGACCAUCUGCCGAACGAUCAAGAAGGACAAUGGUUACUCCUCUUACCAAGUCUCAUCGCAUGCUCAUCACGAAUGCCUCCAAGGAGUUGAGGAAGGUCAUGGCGGCAGCUUUACUGAACGAGCUCAUGCACGGGCCCGCAGGGAUGCUGAAGUACUUCUGAGGAAAAGAAUAUCAUCCAGGACCAGACGAGCAACAGGCAGAACGACAGGUAACAAAGACAUCGAAGAGGUUCCCGUCGUGAAGCAAACGAAGUUUCCCUCCUCCGUCAUGGCCCUUAGCGUCAUCUCCAUCGAGGGGGGCGUCAUGCCUCCGUUCUUAUUUCAGAAGGACGUGAGAGUCACCGCUGAGAUCUACCAGGAGGUGCUGAGGAGCGUGCUGUCACUCAUGAACAUACUGACUGGAUUUGAUAUCGGUGAUCGUACGGGUAAUAUCUAUCUAUCUAUCUAUCUAUCUAUCUAUCUAUCUAUCUAUCUAUCUAAAAUACUGUCUUUCUUAUCUAUCUAUCUAUCUAUCUAUCUAUCUAUCUAUCUAUCUAUCUAUCUAUCUAUCUAA